AUGGCAGACAUUAAGAACCCAGACUCUUCGUCACACAAAACACAGGCCCUGAUUCCCUCGUCUCCGAAUAUCGACAGUCAGUUUGUGACUGGCAAUUCCCCGAUGGCCGAUCCCUCGUCUGCAUCCACUCCCGCCGUCACCAGCGCGGCUGUCCAGGGAAGCGUGACAACCAAAUUGCCCGCCUCCUCUGGCAGCUCCACCCUCAGCGCCGUCAAGACCAUUGCUGCCGGUGAAACCUUUGACGGUGGCAUGGUCAUGUACGACCGUGGUGUCUCCUGCGAAGGCCAAUCCGAAGGCGACGACAGUGACGCCGUGUUCGAGAUCGAGGACGGUGGAUCGCUGUCCAACGUUAUCAUCGGGCCCAACCAGAUGGAGGGUGUCCACUGUUUCGGUGGGUGUACUUUGACCAACGUCUGGUGGAGUGCUGUCUGCGAGGAUGCCUUUACCAUCAAGGAGCAGAAUGACGGCGAUACCACUACUAUCACCGGCGGUGGUGCUUUCGAUGCGGAUGACAAGGUCCUGCAGCACAAUGGUGGCGGAACGCUGGAAGUGUCUGGCUUCUACGUCGAGAAGUUCGGCAAGUUGUAUCGCAGCUGCGGAAACUGCGAUGAUAUGCCCACGCGCCAUGUCGUCAUGGAGAAUAUCUACGCUGUGGAUGGCAGUGAGAUUGCCGGAAUCAACGCCAACUACGACGACACUGCCACCCUCAGCGGCAUCACUGUCUCUGGCGUCGACGAUGUUUGCGUUACUUAUGAAGGCAACGCUGAUGGUGAUGAGCCUUCUGAGAGUGGCUCUGGUCCUGAUGGCACCAACUGCAAGUACUCCCAGAGCGACAUUACUCAAGCUUAGAUAGACCUUGGAGAUACACUUGACUACGGAUGCCUUGACGGUUUGUAUUCGUCGAUACCUUCAUGUUCAUAAACUCCAUGUUGGUGGAAGGAGUUCCUAUCGAAGGAAGUUGGAUGGCUCUUGAUUGGUUGGUUGGUUCCUCAAUUAUAGUUUGAUGCAGCAGCCAUGGUUCUUAUUAGGCCACUAUGCAGACUUUCUUCAGCUAGAUACAGGC